AUGUCGUCCACCAGCAACGCCUCCAUUGACAAGCUCAACGGAGACAAUUACGCAACGUGGAGCCGGUACAUGCGCGGUGUGUUUUUGACGAAGUCCGUCUGGCACGUCGUCAACCGUGAAGUGACUCCGACUUUCACCGACCCGCGAGCGUCCGAUGACUACGUCAAGGCAAGCAACGUCGCGUUUGGUAUGAUGCUGCUGCACAUGAACGCGGACUACCAUCAUGUGCUGGACAACUGCGAGGAAGCCUGGGUUGCGUGGACAAGUCUGAAGACGCUGUACGGUGGGUCGCGGAAGGCAGGACGCAUCUACCUCAAGCGACAACUUUUCAGUAUCAAGAUGGCUGAAGGCGCGAACGUCAUGCAUCACUGCAACGAGGUCCUCAACGUCUCCGCAAAGCUUAGCGGCAUCGGUGCGAAGAUGGAAGACGAAGACGUUGCAAUUUGUCUGCUACUCAGUCUUCCGAAGAGCUACGAAAAUGUGGUGCUCAACAUGGAAAUGAGCAGCACCGAGCUUCGCACUCAAGAUGUGGUGAGAGUCCUGACGAAUGAGCAUGCCAAGCGUCAAGGAGAAAAAGGGACAACGACAGCGACUACGGUGAAGGCUGAAGAUGCAAGCAAGGCAUUCAGCACCGAACGUGAGCCCUACCAAUGCACGUAUUGUGGCAAGGUGGGACACACGGUGGAUCGUUGCUGGACAAAGCAGAAGAACGAAGGUCGGGGAGCCCGACACGGCGGCAAUGGUCGUGGACGCGGGGCUAACAAUGUCCAGUGGGGACAUCAUGAUGAAGGCAAUGGCUACGAUCGAGUGGCGUUUGCAGUCUCGUUCGAAUGUGGAGUUUCGACGAGCAAGGGCGUGUCUGGAAUGUGGGCCGUCGACAGUGGUGCAACGCACCACAUUUGCCAUGACAAGACCAAGUUUACAUGCUUGGCAGAGUGCAAUGAAGGCUAA